AUGGAUGUGAGAUACAUGGCUUUAGAAAAAAAAUUGACUUGUUGUCGUUCUAUAAAUCAAAAUAACUUCGAUUUAUUUUCGUCGACACAAUCUGUUACUGAAGAAGUCGGAUGUGAGAUAAGCAUCAAGGCAUAUAUACCUGGUAUGAAAAUGGUGUUAGAUAAUUUGAAAAAAGAAUUGUGUCGUUACUUCUCAGUGCAAGAGACAUCGGAGAACACUGGGCAGAGGAGAAAAACAGAAUACCCGGAAUUGACAACUGAGGCUUUGAAGUAUUUGAUUCCAUUUUCCACCUCGUACUUAUGCGAGUUGACAUUUUCAUCAAUGUCCCAAAUAAAAAGGAGUGACAAGAGUUCCGAACGGUCGGAAUCGGUACAAAGAGACAAGAGUUCCGAACGGUCGAAAUCGGUACAAAGACACAAGAAUUCCGAACGGUCGGAACCGAUACGAACUGACAAGAGUUCCGAACUUAUAGGUAUAGUUUAG